UUCAUUCACCUGGUGGCCUUGUGGCGGGUUAUUGGUGAACUGGGAUAUGAUUAUAGAGUGGAAAUGACAGGGGAGACCGAUAUCGACAUUCCCGAAAAAGGUGCCAUCUUCACUUUUGGAAAGAGCAAUUUUGCUGAUAAUGUUCAAAGUAAAUUCUGGCUGAAAAACGACCAUGCUGUGAAAAUAGCUUGUGGGGAAGACCACACUGCUGUCAUCACAGAUAAAGGAAGACUGUUAAUGUUGGGUUGUAAUGACUGGGGCCAACUCGGACUGGGACAGCAGAGAGCUGCUUUCACACCUACCUUUGUUAAAGCUUCCAAGUCAGAGAGGUUGAAGCUUGUAGCGUGUGGAAGGGAUCACACCAUCAUCUGUACCUGGGGUGGGAGUGUGUACGUCACAGGACGCAACCAGAAGGGCCAACUGGGCCUGGGUCACCGUGACGACACCACACUCUUUCAGCUGAUGCCGCCGUUCUGUGACCACGCACCUAUCAAGAUGCUUUCUGCAGGCUGUAACACCUCUGCCGCCUUGACAGAGGACGGUAGGGUGUUUGUGUGGGGGGACAACUCGGUGGGCCAAAUCGGUCUGGGGGGGGAGCGCUUCGCCCUGGAGCCCAGUGAACUCUCUGUGGGGCCACCGGCGACAUGGGUGUCCUGUGGUGGCCACCACUCUGCCUUAGUCACAGCCAAUGGAGAUCUGUACACAUUCGGUGAGAGUGCCAACGGAAGACUGGGUCUUUACCCGGAGCAACUGACCAAUCACAGAGAGCCACAGCGGGUGCUGGCCAUUCCAGAGCCGGUCAUUCAGGUGUCCUGCGGAGGAGAACACACCGUGGUCCUUGCUGAGGAGGAGGUGUACACGUUUGGCCGAGGUCAGUACGGCCAGCUCGGCCAGGGAACCUUUCUGUUUGCCGCGGAUUUGCCCAAAGCGCUGCAGCUCUUCCACCACGGCGGCGUCUGCCAGGUCACAUGUGGACAGGCCCACACGGCUCUCAUCACCAACAAUGGGCUGCUUUACACGUUCGGCGAUGGUCGCCAUGGGCGACUGGGGUUAGGGGAGGAAGACUUCAUUAACCAGUUCCAUCCCACUCUCUGCACGCGCUUCCUUCAGUUCAGCGUUCACCAAGUGACCUGCGGUGGUAAUCACAUGCUGGUGCUUGCGACAACUAGACCUCCAGAUUGUGAGGUAGUGGAGAUGGCCAAGGAGGCUGGCGUUGGUGAUUAUCACUUGGAGCUGAAUUACAAGGAAUUACUCCUGCAGGAUCUUGAUCUUCCCAUCUUCUCUCGCUCGGCCCGUGCUCGUCGCAGAGACAGGGAGAGCUCAGUGGAGCAGUUUGGAGAGAAGUUUCACAACCUCCCUUCUCUAAGAUCAGACUUUCCCAACACCAGAUUGCCCAUGUCUAGGAAUGUAAAAAAGCCUAAAUCGAAGGCAAAGGAUAUAACCACCCUUUCAAUGUUACCGACACCCCCAAAAAGGACCCAAAGGAGUCCGGCUCCGGCCCCUAGAUCCACAUCCCACUCCCCACAAAGUCCUCUGCUGUCACCCAGACACAAUAGCGACCGCCCUUCCAGGGCGACCCGUAUCACCACCAGCCCUAAAGUCCCCUCUAGGGCCACUGAUUCUGGGAUUGAAAACCAGCCGGUACGCCCGCCCUCCGCGUCCCCUAGGUCCACACCCAAGCACCACUUAUCCCCAAAGAUUGCAGCCAAGAAGCCACGUUAUCUUAGAUUAACGCGACCCAACACCGACCUUCAGGGCAGGCAGAGCCCGCCGCCCAGCCCGGCCAAGAUCCCCCGCCGCCACAAACAAUCAGCGACAGACUACAUCAACACCCGCCAAACGGAGGAAGAGAAACGCUGUGUCCGGGAGCUUCCUUCCCCUCCACUAAUGGAAGGUGACCCUGCACAGCAAUCCAUGGUCAUCAGAGAUGAGGCUGGGAAUGAUUUGGAGAAAGCAGUUGAGUCCAACACCAUAGAUAAGGAAAAGCCGAAGGGGAGACCCCUGAGGAUAGCUGUAAAAGCAGCAACAGUCGAGACGAAGGAACAAGCUCAGUCGAAGAGCAGACAUCUGAAAUCCGGCAAGGCCUUAUCCACAGAGCUCACGCGAGCGUCCAGCUCUCAAUCUCUAAAGAGGGAGGCCUCACCGCAGAACCUCAAGAAGGGGGUCUCUAAGAGCAAGCAGACGCUGAUCAGACACGUUGCACCUGCCGAAAACCAAACCAAAACCGACACACAAGGUCCAAAUGCGCUGACUGUUUCUAUAGGAGAUACUUCCAUGCGAGAAGAAACCGGGACCCUAGUUAAAGACGUUGACAGAGUAGCAGGUUUCCAAAAUAAGUUGACAAGAAAGCAGCAACAAGCGACCAAAGUAAACAAAAGUGGCGAGGAAAAUGUAAAUUCUGAUGCUCCCAUUAAUCAAGAGUCUGCCAGCAAAGUCCUGGUUGAAGAUACGCAAGAGCCAACAAUCUUGCCCAAACAGGAAGAACCAGACGCAUCUCUGGUCAAUGUGAAAAGUCAACCUGUUGACAAAAUGUCCACCGAUGAUAAGGUCACAAGCCAAGGAGCCGAUUGGAAUAGGAAAACUCUCCAACCUCAAAGGCCAAGGUCUGGUAGAACUUUUGAUGGUAAAGAUGCAGAAGUCGAUAAUGCAUUCAGGGAAUCUUCCUGGAAUAAAUCAACUCCAGUCAAACAGAAGAGACUGAGGCAUACACCUAUCGAGGUUCAAAGCAGAGCCGUAGAGCUUAAACCUCCCCAAAACAAGCUCUCACCUUCGACACCUGUCAAAGUUCAAAGCGACCCUGUAGAGGUAAAACCUUCCCCGAAAGUCCCAUGCACACCUGUUAAAGUUCCAAGUGGGAAACCAACCCCUGUAAAGGUCAAAGGCAAGACCCAUGACGAUUAUUCAAAGAAGUCUCCACUGAGGGUAAAAAACAAACCUACUGAACAUUCUGACAGACCUUCAACACAUCAGGCUAAAUCAAUAGACACCCCAGGCUCACAAGGCACCAAGGGAGCAGAGGUUACAUCAGUUUCCCCUCGGCAGCCUGAACCCAGCGGGAAGGAUCUCCUACUUCCUGGGGAAGAUAGUAUUUUUGGCGAUACUCAACCGAGUUUGGGGCAAAAGGUUCUGAAUAAUGCAGCUGAUCUUCUUCCAGCAGUGGGCGUGGCAGGCGUGGCAGCGGGCCUCCUGGGAGCAGCUGUAACCAGCGUGAGCGCUUUCCAAUCGGACAGCGACACCGCCACCUCUCCGCCUUCCAGCAGCAGACCCGUUCGAGCGGAGAGCUUCAUCAAGCAAAGGGCCGUCGUCAAAGAGUCCCUUUCCUCCACACAUUCGUCUUUGAGAUCUGACCCAAACUCAGCCGACGAACCGGAGGGCGAGGGAAUCAGAAACCAGGAAAAGGAAGAUGAUGGGAGUGUCGAAAAGGGUACAUUAGUUGAACAUCUAGGCGGUUCCAAGGCGGAAGAGAGGAGCGAGAGCAGCCCUUUUGAGUCAGAGGGUUCCCAACUCAAAGGAACAGAGGCUUCAGGUGGAGAGACGAGGGAAGAAACGGAGAACGUGGGGGAAGACCGUGAACGUGUCUGGGAGGGGGAGGAGGAGAGUUCAAGGGAAGAAGCAGAGAGCGACAGCAGCACAGAGGGAGACGAUGGCGACGAAGACGCCGAGGAGAAAAGUGAGGAGAGGGUUGCGGCGCCGGAGAGGAGCGAUACCGGGGGCAGUGUUGACAGUGAGGACGAGGAUGGUGAGCGAAGUGGGGCGGAGCAAAGCCGGGAAGGCGAUCAGAGUGGUGGCGGGAGCGACGCCAAAGGUACAGACAUCAGCCCCGAAGAGGAGGAGGAGGAGGAGGGAGAGGCGAAGGAGGGAGAACCACAAAGUGCAAGAGGCAGCUGGGAGCCGGAUGGAGUAGGGCAGGGAGAGGAGCGGGAGGUGGAAGGGGAGAGUGGAUCGAGUGAGGGUGGGGAGGAAAGCAGUGUGAGUUUAGAAGAGGGAACUGAAACGGACUCAGGGGGCGAGGCAGAAAGCAAGAGUCAAAUCUCAGGGGAGGAAGAGGAAGACACGAGAGCAGGUGAUGAAGCUGGGUCUGAGACGCCUCAGGGUGAAGACAGUGCAGGGGAGGAGAAUGAAGGGACGGUGGCAGGGAGUGGAGCUGAGGAAGAGGAAGGAGAAGGUCAGGGGUCAGUGGAACAGGCGGAGGAGGAGGAGGAGGAGGAGAGCAGUGAAGUCAGAGCAGAGGAAUUCAACGAGGAGGAGGAACAGAACAUGAGUGUUGAGGAGGAGGAGCGAGAUGUGGAUGAAGAGGAGGCAGAUGCUGACGAGAGCGAGGAGCAUGAAGAGGAGGGUGAAGAAGAAGGAGAGAUUGGAGAGAACUCAGGGGAGGAAGAGGAGGAAGGAGAUAGAAAGCUUGAAGAAAAGUGGCAGGGUGAGGAAGAUCAUAGUGGAGUUGAGGAGGAGGGGGUUGAGGAAGAAGAGGGAGAAGAGGAUAAAAAGGAAAAUGAUGAGGUAGUAGAAAGUGGAGAUGAUGAGGAAGAGGAAGGUGGAACGGUGGGUGAAAAGGAGGAGGAAGACGAAGAGCAGGCCGAAGAUAGUGCUGGUGAUGAAGAAGGGGGUGAAGAGGAGGAUGUAGAUCAGGAAGAAGAGGCCGGCGGUGACGAAGAGGAGAAUGUAGAUGAGGAGGAAGAGGGUGAUGGUGAUGAAGAGGAGGAUGUAGAUCAGGAGGAAGAGGGUGGUGGUGAUGAAGGUGGUGAUGAAGAGGAGUAUGAAGAUCAGGGGGAAGAGGGUGUUGGUGAUGAAGAGGAGGGUGAAGAGGAGGAUGUAGAUCAGGAGGAAGAGGGUCGUGGUGAUGAAGAGGAGGAUGUAGAUCAGGAGGAAGAGGGUGGUGUUGAUGAAGAGGAGGAGGUAGAUCAGGAGGAAGAGGGUAGUGGUGAUGAAGAGGAGGAGGUAGAUCAGGAGGAAGAGGGUGGUGGUGAUGAAGAGGAGGAGGUAGAUCAGGAGGAAGAGGGUGGUGGGGAUGAAGAGGAGGUGGUAGAUCAGGAGGAAGAGGGUGGUGGUGAUGAAGAGGAGGAGGUAGAUCAGGAGGAAGAGGGUGGUGGUGAUGAAGAGGAGGAUGUAGAUCAGGAGGAAGAGGGUGGUGGUGAUGAAGAGGAGGAGGUAGAUCAGGAGGAAGAGGGUGGUGGUGAUGAAGAGGAGGAGGUAGAUCAGGAGGAAGAGGGUGGUGGUGAUGAAGAGGAGGAAGUAGAUCAGGAGGAAGAGGGUGGUGGUGAUGAAGAGGAGGAGGGAGAUCAGGAGGAAGAGGGUGGUGGUGAUGAAGAGGAGGAUUGGAUGGGUGAGGAAGAAGCGGACGAAGAGGAAAAUGUGUCGGAGGCCGAGGAUGAAAAGAUCCGAGGGGAAGAACUGGAAUUAGAGGAUGAUGAAGGUGGACAGAAAAACAAAUAUCUCAAAAAGGAAAAGCAGACGAGUAAAGAGGAAGAAGAGGAAGAGGAGGAGGUUGAGGAGGAUGAGGAGGAGGAGGAGGAAGGAGAAGAGGGGGAGGGAGGGGUAAUUGCUAACACAACAGAAAAAGAUUUUGAGGAGGAGGAGGAAGAGGAGGAGGAAGGGGUAAAUGCUAAAACAAUAGAAAAAAGCUUAGAGGAGGAGGAAGAGGAGGAAGAAGAAGAGGAGGAAGGGGUAACUGCUAAAACAAUAGGAAAAGGUUUGGAGGAGGAGGAGGAGGAGGAAGAAGAGGAGGAGGAAGAAGGGUUCAAUUCUAAAACAAUAGAAAAAGGUUUAGAGGAGGAGGAGGGAGAGGAGGAGGAGGAGGAAGAAGAAGAAGAAGAAGAAGAUGAGGAGGAGGAAGGGGUAAAUGCUGAAACAAUAGAAAAAGGUUUAGAGGAGGAGAAGAAGGGUAACCCGCAGAGUAAGGGAGCCUCCAAAGCGAAGGACACUUCCGCAGAGGAGGAAGAGGAGGAGGAGGAAGAAGCUGAAGGAGAAAGUGAAGAGGACGAAGAGGAAAUUGAAGAAGAGGUCAAAGCGAAUAGGAAACACGCCCAGAAAACCCCUAUUCCCGCAGAGAGAAAAUUGAAGGGAGAGAUACGGAAAGCGGCUGAUAGGUCCCGGCAGAGGGGAGGGGGAGGGGGAGGGGACCCUGGCGUCGAGGGACACCAGGAGCAGUUCUGGAACAACGUUUUGCCUAAGUACCUGGACCUGCAGUGAAACGGAUAGGCCCCGUGCUCCGGCACGGCAUCAGCAUUUGAAUCACGUCCCUACUUGCAUUGGACCAUUUCCUCCCAAGUUUGACAGCUCAUUUGUAGCGUCUGCAUGCUUUGUUGCCUGUUUGAACGUCCUUGACAUUGAAAGGGGUUGCUCCUCUGAACUGUUCAGGCUUGAAAGAGAUUGUGGAGCUUUGAGCAUCAUACACUGUUUGGAUUUCGGGAAUAAUGUAUGUUGGUCAUAAAUAUAGCAACGUGAAUCACCUUUUGAAUCACGCAAACAUUAAUACAGUACAUUGGUGAUUGUUGGAA